AUGGCCGCGCUGAGGGGCUGGCCCGGCCUGCCGGCCCUGCUGCCGGCCUUGCCGCUGCCGGCCUUGCCGCUGGCCCUGCUGCUGCCGGCCCUGCUGCUGCCGGCCCUGCAGCCGCUGCCGCUGCUGCCGCCCCUGCUGCUGCCGGCCCUGCUGCCGGUCCUGCUGCCGGCCCUGCCGCUGCUGCCGGCCCUGGGCAGGUGGGUGCGCACGGCCGGGCCCGGGGGGCUGCGGGCACCGCUGCGGAGGGCGCUGGCUUCUCUUCUCCCUUCCUCCCCCGGUCACGGACAGGUGCCUGGUGUUUCCUGCAGUGGUCUGGGCUGGGAGCCCCGUUCCCGUGCCGUGGAGCAGGUGCUCCUGCGCUGCACCGAGGGCUCCCUGGAGUGGAUGUACCCAGCACGAGCCCUGUGCUGGGUCCUGGAGCCCAGCCUGGCCAGCGCCCAGUGCUGCACAGUCUGCAUCAAACCCGCCAGCCACUUCCAGGGCGCCAGCAUCUCCGUGGAGCUCGCCGGGCAGCUGCACCUUGGCAAGCGAGGCGGAGGGGCUCGGGCCCGCCUCGUGUCCUGCUUCAGUGCCCACUGUGGUGAAAGUGUCUCCCACGACUCGGAGAACCACAUGUCCCAGGUUGAUGUCAGAGUCCAGAAGGUCUACAGGCAGAAAAACCGGAUUUUCCAGCAGGAGGAAGGGAGUGGGGAGUGGCGAGGCCCCAUCCGAACCCUUCUUCAGUGCAAGGUGAAGAAGGGAGGGGGAGAUUUCCUCUUCACUGGGAAUGAACACUUUGGGGAAGCCUGGCUGGGCUGUGCCCCUCGGUUUAAGGAUUUCAUGCUGGUUUACCAGGCUGCCAGAGCAAGGGGAGCCAACUCCUGCGAGGCUGAGCUCAACUGACAUGAGAGACACUCCUGCUGAGACCUGAAAAAUUUCAGCCCAAUCUUUGGAUUCUGAAUCUGGAGUUAAAACCAAGAGUUAAAGGACUAAAGUUAACAAUUCCACCCAAACUGGACCUGGAGGAUUUCCUGAAGAUAAUGGCUCUGUGAGCCCUGUAAAGUGACUUUUAACUCACAAUAACUUCUUUUUCAUCACAUUUUCUUUGCCUCAUAAAAUAACUCUGGAUUUUGGAAAGACAGUAUUUUGGGGAAGGUUAGAAGCAGCCUGUGCUCAGGAUUAGAAAAGUCUCUCUAACAUCUCUUGCUCUGUGUAAAUGUUAUGUGCUUUUUCUCUAGAUAUUUUUAUCCCCUCCCCAAUCUCUGCUUGAUUUCUCUUCCUUUAAAGGCAAAUGUGAAAACUUCCUCUAACCUGGGAGGAAAAAAACUACCUCUAAAGCAAAAAAAGCCCUUUCUUCAUCAAGAAUUACUUGAUUUUUAAAAUGGAAUGUAGGUGCUGUAAAAAGUACAUGCUUUUUUCUGACAUUGAAAAAACAUUAAGGAGUUUAAUACAAGCACAAACAAAAUGCAAACUACGUUGCCUCCUUCAAGUUCUGUUGAACUAAUUUAGGAUCAAGAAUUGCUCAUGAUGGUAUUUUCACCUAAAUUAUCUGCCUCUUUACAAUUAGCCUUUAUUAUUUGAUUGGCUUAGUCUGGCUAAAGCACUAAGGGAGGGUGGCUCCUCCCACCCUCCCUUAGUGCUUUAGCCAGACUCACACAAUUGCCUGUAUUUUAUGUAAAUGGAAUUGCUACACCGUGAAAUGAUAUACAAAUGUGCCUACCACCCAGAACCCAAUAAAUGGUGUGAAUAAACCCAUUAUUUCCCAUGUAAUGGCAUCUGGCUGCAGCCUGGGCAACACGGGGCUGACAGAUGUGAGCCCAUGGCAAGGCCUGGAGAAAACUGAACGAGGAGAACUCUGACAGGCCACAAUUAAUUGACUUUUGGAAUGACUCCUCUUUUCCACAGUUCUACUUGGCUGAGCAAGAUUCACAAAUUGCUGUCUUGAACUUUUUUCUGGGACAAAAUAGCUGCCAAUGAAAGUCUAAAUGACAUGAGUUUUGAAUAGAAGUCAUACAAUGACCACACUGUGACACGUUUUUAACUGACAUUGAUUAUUUGAGAAGUAGCAGCCACUUAAUUGGAAGGGAAUUAGGAAGGGGGGAAGAAAUGGGAGGGAGUCAGAGGCCUGCGUACAGAAAUACAUUGUUAAACCCUAACCAACACAAUUUUACUAAAAUAGGGAAUGUAUUGAUAAACAUUUUUACAUGUAUUCACAGAAAGUAUGAUUUGGAGUCUAAGUCAGUUGUUCUUUUUGCUGUGAAAAAGUGUUCACAAAGCUAAGUCAAGAGGAAAUGCCAUUAGCAAGGAAGAAAACAGAAUAUGAAUGUGAUGAUGCUGACUUCCCUGGGGCCUCAGUACCUGCUCAGGCCUCUGGCUGUAGUCACAGUCAAGCUUACACAGGCUUAAAAUACCUCCUUGUCUGUCUUUGGAAACUGAGGCAAAGCUCUGGCAGACCUAACUGACCUCCUAAUCCCAGGGACAGCAUGGGACAAGCAGUGAAGAUGAGGAUUUUACCCCCCCUUGGUUUUUGUAGUACCUGUCACACUGCUCAAGCAACACUGUAUGAGUCUGCAAAAUCUUCAGAGAUUUCCUUCCCCAAAACCUUCUUCAGCCCAACUCACUUGGAGAACUUUAGGUGGAAAUGUUUGACUUGUUUCAUGGAUGCUUUGGGCUGAUUUUUAAAUCUGCUGAGGCACCAGAGCAGCUCCCUGCUGAAUUGUUUUCCACUGGCCACAUGGGGAGGCAGCAGCUUGCAAUUUCACUGGAUGAAAUCAUCAGGAAUCACCACCUAUUGCUGCUUCCAGGUGUAACUUGGGCUGGCAGAUGCUGGAUCUCACCUGAGGCUUUUUAGAGCAAUCCCACACUGUGUCUUCAAUUGUCCAUCUUCCUCCAGCAUGCAGGACCAUGGUUGUGCUUACCCAAGAAGGUCUCCAGUUUUGUUUCCUGGGA